GUGGAAGGAAAGAUACUCUUCUGUCACUGUGGAGCAGGCCAAUGUCAAAAUCGACUCUUGUGAUCAUGAUCACAACUGCUGUUCUCUAUGUAAAUUGAGCUACAAUGCCGAAGAAGAAAACAGGUGCUCGGAAGAAGGCAGAGAAGCAGAAGGAGCGACAGAAAGAGAUGCGAAGUGUGGGUCGCCCGAUAGUGGAGGAGCCAUGCAACUCCCUGUUCGAGUGCCACGAGUGUGGCAACAAACAGAAGAAUAGAGCGUUCUGCUAUUUCUGCAACGCUUUGAAUAAACUGCCCAUGUGUGGCCACUGUGGAAAGACAAAAUGCAUGAUGAAGAGUGGUGACUGCGUGAUUAAACAUGGAGGUAGUUACACUACCGGCAUGCAGAUGAUCGGUGCCAUCUGUGACUUCUGCGAGUGUUUCAUCUGCCACGGCAGAAAGUGUCUGCAGACACACGCCUGUAUUUGUCCCCUCACAGAUGCAGUGUGCACAGAGUGCGAGAGAGAUGUCUGGUCCCACGGGGGACGAAUUUUCAAGUGCUCCUUCUGUGCUAAUUUUAUAUGUGAAGACGAUCAGUUCGAACAUCAGGCAUCCUGUCAGAAAAUUGAAGCCGAAAAUCUGAAAUGCAUGUCAUGUAACAAAUUGGGCCAAUAUUCUUGUUUACGCUGCAAAAUCUGUUUCUGUGACGAGCACGUAAGACGAAAAGGAGUCAAGUACGAGAAAAAUCAGGCGUUUCCCUGUCCUAAAUGUUCGUACGUGACGAAGGAAACUAAAGAACUCUCGAUGUCUACGAGGAAUUACGACUUCGGCAGAAAAGGUGCGGAAGGUGACGACGAUGAGUAUUAUAAUUAUCAAAGCAGUUCGUACUCCAAUUUCGACUCGUGGCGAGGUAAUCAUGGAGACGAAGAUGACGAUGAAGAAGAUUCAGAUUUCGAUCCUGAUGAAGAUGACGAGGAGGAAGAAUCAGAAUCUGAUUAAUUUAGAUUUUAUGAGAUGAUAUAUUUGAUAUGGAUAUUGUUUUGGCGCUGUAUUGCAUUGAUUCAUAUUUUGAAUACUAUUUAUUUCGAUUUGUUCAUAUAAAUGACCCUGUUUUUUCCAGUAAAGUGUUGAACAUAAAACUCAAACUUUAUGAAGGUAUGUACAAUGGUUCCGCCUUAUUAAGUAGGAAUUUUUGAGGGAAUAUUUAUUUUAAUCCGAAAGAUAAUGAUGUCAUGAGCUCGAAAUUUAAAAAAAAACGAGAUAUUUUACCAA